CAGACCAUCACAAUCCACAUUUCUAGUCCUCAUCUCUUUUGUCUCAAUCUCUUUCCCUUUCCUUCUUACACAGAUCCCUCUCAGAAUCUAUUUUCUGCCCGUGGAUUUCGUUUUCCUUAGAUUCCUCCCUCCAGAAUUAGACCUUCUUCUCAUUUUCCUCACCUUCUAUUUUCACUCAAAUGUAUAUAUGCGUUUAAUUGUUCACUUGUUUCCCUUGUUGGAUGCAAAACCAAACUGGAUUUCUAUUUAAUGUACCUUCUUUCUUCCCUUUUUCUUUUCCCUGCAUCCCAAGAUGUAGAUUUUAAAAGGGUCAAUUUUAAUUCGUUAAUUUAUUGAAAAAAAAAACCAUCUUUUUCAGAAUUUAUGUGAAAGAGUACAUAAAUUCUUGAAUUCCCAAGCUCAUAUAUCAAGACUUGAUUUUGGGACUUGUUUGGUUUUUGGUUAAUUUGUUUGUCUGCUGAGGAAUUUUUUUUGAGGUGGGAUUUUUGGAUGGUUUUUUCUCGCUUUUCUUUUGAUGGUGGAUCUGAAGAUUGUCUAAAUAUUGGAGCUUUGGACGAUCGAUCGAAGGAAGUUUUGAUGGUUAAUAUGUGGAAUGUUGUAUUCGGUUCAGCUUGAAAUCAAGAAGGAAAAUUUUUUGGGUUCCUUAUUUUUUUGACCUCAUUUUUACCCCUUAAUAUUGGCUCUGAAGGGUAGUUUUUCUUAGAAGGUUUAGUUAUGGAUCAUGUGAUUGGUGGAAAGUUUAAGCUUGGCAGGAAGAUUGGCAGUGGAUCAUUUGGGGAGCUAUAUUUGGGAGUAAACGUACAAACUGGAGAAGAAGUUGGUGUAAAACUUGAACCACUUAAAACUAAGCAUCCUCAACUUCACUAUGAAUCAAAGUUGUAUAUGCUUCUUCAGGGAGGAACUGGGGUUCCCCAUCUGAAAUGGUUUGGCGUUGAAGGCGAAUACAGUGCCAUGGUCAUCGACCUUCUUGGCCCAAGCUUAGAGGACUUAUUUAACUACUGCAAUCGAAAGUUCACAUUGAAAACCGUUUUAAUGCUUGCAGAUCAGCUAAUUAAUAGAGUUGAAUACAUGCAUUCUAGAGGUUUUCUUCACCGUGAUAUCAAGCCUGACAACUUCUUAAUGGGUUUAGGGCGCAAAGCAAAUCAGGUCUACAUCAUUGACUAUGGUCUUGCCAAAAAGUAUAGAGAUCUUCAAACACAUAAACACAUACCAUACAGGGAAAACAAAAAUCUUACUGGCACAGCUCGUUAUGCGAGUGUUAACACCCAUCUUGGAGUUGAGCAGAGUAGAAGGGAUGAUUUGGAGUCUCUUGGCUAUGUGCUUAUGUAUUUCCUCAGGGGAAGCCUUCCCUGGCAGGGGUUGAAAGCUGGAACUAAGAAGCAGAAAUAUGACAAAAUUAGCGAAAAAAAGAUGCUUACACCAAUUGAGGUGCUCUGCAAAUCUCAUCCAUCUGAAUUCAUAUCAUACUUCCAUUACUGUCGAUCGCUGCGGUUUGAUGACAAACCAGAUUAUUCAUACCUGAAAAGACUUUUCCGGGACCUAUUUAUUCGAGAAGGUUAUCAGUUUGACUAUGUUUUUGACUGGACCGUGUUGAAGUACCCACAGAUUGCCUCUAGUUCAAGAGCAGUAAAGAACCCAGUGAGACAGGAGGUUCGGGAUAAAUACGAGUCAUUUGGCAGAAGGAAUGGUUCUGGCGCUGGCUUGCAUGGGGAUCCCCUGAGGCACAGAGCUUCUGAGGACGUGCCAUCGUCCAAGGAGGUGCUGACAGAUUCUGAAAGAGGGCGUGUAGCUCGAACUGGUAGCACUUCAAAGAGGGCUGUAGCCUCAAGCAGCAGACCAAACUCGUCUAGUGAACCUAAUGAAAAUCGUCCUGGCCGGCUGGGAUCCUCGGGCACUGGUCGCCUAUCUACAACCCAAAGACUGCAACCUGGAUUUGAGUCCAAGUCAUCAUCUUUCACUCGAGUUGCAGCCUUGAGAGGUGGUCGUGAUGAUACUCUCCGUAGCUUUGAGCUGCUGACAAUUGGCUCAGGCAAAAGGAAAUGAGAAUAUCUAAAGAUAAUUUUCUGUAUGAGACAGUUUCAUUUCCUUCCGUGGUUCAGCAUGGUUGUUCAAUAUCUUAAAACUGCAAUGGCUGGACUCUGUUCCUAGCCAAUCGCGGACUUCUUUCAUCCCACUACCCCAGAUCGCUUAACCUGUAUUCUGCUCUACCAAGGCCUGCUUUUGCUUUUGAAGCCAUGUAAACGUGUGAAAGAAAGAGAUUAGUACCUUGUUAAUUCUGAGACUUGAAUGAUAACACACAUUUUUUGCGACUGUUGUCGUUGAAAAGUAUAUACUUAUGACUUGUCUUCUGCUA